CUCUCAAGCCGGUCUGUGCGGUUGCUAGGGAGCCUCGUGCGGCGGUGGCGGUGGUACCCGGGGCUGCGGGGAGAAGGCGGCCGGCUGUGCGGGACUUGUGCUGCCGGAGAGCGCUGUCUGGCGGCCACGGUUCCACUCGGGAUUCAUCUUCUGUUGAGCUUCGGUUCAUGGCUGGAUACCCUGAGAUUCUCUUCUAGAAUGUGCUGGUACAAACCAGAAUUCAUGCACUCGUAUCCUGUGACAGCAAAGCGGCCCCAAACCACGGUCAACUGACACUUGAUACAGUCACCACAUCCCUGACGUAUGUCCCACACGGCAUUUGUACCGUGGUGCUGUGAGAUGGCGACUCAUGGCCUCCAGUGGAGCUGAAGAAUUAAGACAGCCCUCCCAGUCUACGCUUACUGUUCAAGUAAGACCUGCAGUGGUACAUGUGUCCAACAGACAGCUGGCCUCCUUUCCGCUUCAGAAGAGGAGGCUUCACACCUCAGCUUCAACGGACUCUGUUGCCCGACCAAAUGAGAGUGUGGGACAGAACCAGCUCCUAUGCGUCUCAGGGACCCCCACGCACUGUGCCUUCCCUCCUUUGACUGUAAAUUAUCCCACAGUAGCCAGGCCUGAUAGUGUUUGGAGUGCUGGGGUUGGUUGCCCUAAUGGAGUAGCUAAUAUUGUAGCUUCUAGGAGCUCUCACCAUUCCAGUGUUUCCCUUGUUACCUUCCACAGUCCCUAUCAGCUGGAGGGAACGGUUCUCAGCUACCAGCCUCAGUGCGAUCUGGACUCGCACCGGUUUAGAACAGGGUUGCUAGGUAAGAGGGCCUUUUCUCUCCAUCCAGCUGUUUAUCCCAUAUGCCCCUCUCCACCAAAAGCCACCUCCCAUAAAUCCACAGAAAUUGCUCCUCCAAAUAGAACAAUGCCUUCCAAUGAGUCUUCCCCGUGGGGCACCAGCAUGUUCAAGGGCAGCAGUAAUGGCACUGUGCAGCCUGCCGCCACCCAUGUGCCUGUCUUCCCUGGGCAAAGGCCCAGCAACCAAGAGAAGCCUUCCUCUACCACCUGCCCAGCUGCUUCCAGUUCUUUCGGAAACAAUGUGGAGAACUGCAGAAUGGACCCAACACUUGCACACCCCAAUGUGCCUAUGCAAAAGUGCCAGAAUGUGAUUUUGCCUGACCUUUCAAGGGUUGAGCAGCCACUGAAGGAUAAGAACAUCACAGUAGGAAAUGGAAAGGCAGUAAAUGGUAUGCCACAAUCACCCAACAGCCAUCAGAUGUCUGAAGUGUUGAACAGCAAGAGGAGUGUUAGCUCUCGAGUGAUAUUCACAGAAGCUGUGAGGAAGCUGGCAGCGAGCGGUGCGAGGAUGAAGAAUGGAGCAGCAAAGGAGCAAAACAUAUGUUCGGCUCCAGGCCCGGUUCUUUCCUUCGUGCCGCUUUCAGCAGGCGAUGGAGCACGUGAGACUUUCCCCUGUUCUGACGGCAACUCUUCCCCAGCUGAGUCCACUGCCCUGUGCCUUGGACACAUUUGCCAGGAAUUGCAAUGUGUUCCUUCAGAUGCUCUGAGGCUGCCUGCCCUUGAUGGUGGUUACAGGUGUAAAAUUGAUGGCCUCCCCCCCUCUCCACAUGGUGGAACUGCCAAACCCUGUGCCAUUCCACACACAACAGAGUGUGAAUUUCCUCAGCAGCCCUCCAUUUACUCCGUGACCACCCAGAUAUCUGCCAUACACCUUACCACGCAAAACAUGCGUGCCCCCCUGCAGGAGAUCAAGAGCUCCACCCACUCCCUGCCAGAGGAGCACAGUGUUACAAAUAAGAGUGUUUUGGGUCUGAAGGAUGAUGCCAAAUUGUUACUGGAUGCUGGUGAAGAGGAGGAGCAGCUGCCAGAUGAAUUGGAGAACCACUGCAGUGGUGGUGAAGAUGAUGGGUCUGACUGUUCUUCUAUGAACGAUGCCUCUUCUACAGCCUCCAUGGUGAUUUUGUCAAAUGUUGAGGAACCAGGAACUUCUGAGGUGGAAGACAACAGGGUGGAGAAGCCAGCACUGGUACCCAGUCUGUUCCCCUUUAUUCCCCCCACACUGUACUUUGGCACAGUCAACGAGAAAGUUGCAAUGCUGCCCCCAGACCAGAGGAAGCUGCUGAAAUGGAAGAUGAGCUCUGUCACCCCCAAUGUGGUGAAGCAUACUAUUUCUAGGUCUCAUUUCAAAGCCACCAAGAAAAGCCAUGAUUGGCUGGGUUGUUGGGGUCACCACAUGAAGUCACCUGGGUUCAAGGAAAUUCGAGAAUACCAGAAGCUGAACCACUUCCCAGGGUCCUUCCAGAUUGGCCGUAAGGACCGGCUGUGGCGGAAUCUUUCCAAGAUGCAGGUGCGCUUUGGCAAGCGGGAGUUUGGUUUUUUUCCAAGGACCUUUGUGCUCCCACAGGACAUCAAACUGCUCAGGAAAGCGUGGGAGGACGGUGGUAGUCGGCAGAAGUGGAUUAUCAAACCGCCUGCAUCAGCUCGAGGAAUUGGGAUCCAGGUAAUUCACAAAUGGAGUCAGAUGCCCCGUCGAAGACCCCUUCUCGUGCAGAAAUAUCUCCACAAACCCUACCUCAUUGGUGGUAACAAGUUUGACCUCCGGAUCUAUGUCUAUGUCUCCUCGUAUGACCCACUCCGCAUCUACAUCUUUAAUGAUGGGCUUGUCCGCUUUGCAAGCUGCAAGUAUUCCUCCUCCAUGAAAAGCCUUGGAAAUAAAUUCAUGCACCUGACAAACUACAGUGUCAAUAAGAAAAACUCAGAGUAUCAGAGCAACAGUGAUGAUAAGGCUUGCCAGGGUCACAAAUGGGCUCUAAAGGCUCUAUGGCAGCACCUUGGCCAGAAGGGUGUGAACACCACCCACCUGUGGGAGAAGAUUAAAGACAUCGUUAUCAAAACCAUCAUUGUGUCAGACCCUUAUGUGAACAUGCUGCUGAAGAUGCACGUUCGCUCACCCUACAGCUGCCAUGAGCUUUUUGGCUUUGACAUCAUGUUGGAUGAGAAUCUUAAGCCUUGGGUUCUGGAGGUGAACAUCUCCCCUAGCCUGCACUCCAGUACAGCACUGGAUGUCGCCAUUAAGAGCCAGAUGAUCCGGGAUGUGUUGAACCUUGCUGGGUUUGUUCUUCCUCAUCACGAGGACCUCAUUCAAUCCUGCAGCACCUCCACCAGCAGUUUCUCUGGAGAAAUGAGAGAAAGAUCAAGGCAGUUGACAGAGCUGUCCUCUGAUGAGAAGAUAAAGAGAGCAUUUUUUCUAAGACAGCCCUUUGCAGACCAGGAAUUCUUUUCCUCUGUGCUGGACAUCCUGACUCCAGGAGACGUGCGGGUCUUGGCCGAGUCUGAGGAUGAGCUGUGCCGCAGAGGGGAGUUUGAGCGUGUGUUUCCAUCACCCACUUCCUCACGCUACAUGCGCUUUUUCGAACAGCCACGCUACCUCAACAUCUUGCUCAACCAGUGGGAGCAGAAGUACUGGCAGAACAGGAGUAAAGGUAUAAGCCUGCUGAAGAAUCUGUGUCAAGCAGGUGUUCAUCUGGGUCCAACCUCUGAGCCAACACAUCUUUGGUCAUCCAGGUUCCAUGGUGGCCAGAAGUGUGAAGUUUACGGUAAUUUCCCCCCCAUGCAAGAAUCUGUGAGAUCUAGUGUGGUGGUCACUCGGAGAGUUGCAUCCCUGACAGAUGAAGACUUUGAGACCCCCAGCCCCACUAACAUUGGCCUUGGGUCCUGGAGCACCAGCAUCUGCUCCAGUCUUGACAGUGAGAGCUUGCAACCUGGGGAGUCUGUAUGAUGAUCUCAUUUCCCCGUAGUUUAUAACUUUGCCUUCCAAAUAAUGCACACAUGCUUGGAGGGUAUAAAUUAGGGGUGUCUGGCUCUUAUUAGUGGACCUCAGUUCUGAAGACCAGUCCCUCUACAUGUUCUCUUUGUUCUACGACAGUCACUGUGGCCCUGGCUCUGGUUACUGUGAUCUUACUCGGUUUGCAAGAUGUAAAGCUGGGACUGCCUAUCUGAUGUGAAGCAUUGUGGGAUGGCUGUCCAAAUUGAUUUUUGCUUAGAAUUCAGCAUAGGUUAUAGGGGUGGCACUUGGGGCUGUUUUAGAAAAGGGUCACUCUUAGUCAAGAAAAUGGACCUGGUAGUCUUAAAUCCCAGCCUAAAAAAAAAAAAGAAACCUGAAAACAGUCCAGUUUUGUUUCUGGAGUGUGUUUACAUAUCAACUCUAUCAGUGGUCUUAGAAUCAGCCUGAUGUGCAAGUACUUUCAGAUCUGCUAAAGGAAUGUCAGUUUUCUGAACAGGUAUUGAAUGGUAAUAUUUAUUAAUAAUGUAUUUUAUCACUUCAAACUGUUUCCCAGACAAGGGAGAAGUUAAUGCUCAGGUUCUGGUUUUCACAUUAAACAUAUUUGAA